AUGCCCACCGCCAAGGAAGGGGUUCAGCCAAGCCUUAAGGAGCCUGCAGAAAGCCCCGAGCUUAUCUCCAAAAGCUGCUACCAAGAUCCUUUCAAGAUGAAGGGCUUCUUCCUCCUAUUCACCAUCAGCUUCCUGGUUAUGCUUCAGAUACAAAGAGGAAUGUUGCAAACCACCUCCACCACCACCACCGCCGCCGCCACCGCGCAAAGCACCCACACCACCGUCUCCACCGCCGCCGCCCCCAGCACCCCUGCCCACACCACCGCCCAAGCCACGGCCCGCACCCCUGCCCGCACCACGGCCCGCACCACGGCCCGCACCACGGCCCGCACCACAGCCCGCAGCACGGCCCAAACCACGACCCAAACCACCCUCAUUGAGAACCCCACUACCCCCUUUGCCACCACCAAGAAACAAACAGGUGCGGCCCCAGCACUCAGCAGCCUGGGCGGUGUCAGCAUCCUCAUCGUCUUGACCAACACCUUCAUCCAGCUCUUCCACCUCAGCUGAGGUCAUGCCUCAGCCCUAGCCCUGCGUCCUCCGUGUUAGCUGCCACCAUCACUACUAAGAGAAGCUCCUCACCCCGAUACUUGGAAGAGGUUCAUACCAGAUGUCACCCGUUGUGGUGACAGGAAGUGCCUUGGGGGCAAAGGCCGACACAGGGAGGUACUGACGGGAAAGGGGUUAGCAUCACCCAGCCCAAGUACAAUAAAGUUGUCCUGUACUCAGA